UUGGAGGAUAUCCUUUCUUAGUCUUUGCUCUCCUACCUCUAAUUUGGAAUCUUGUAUGUUCUUCUUCUGAGUUUUCCUCGUUGCUCUCUUUUCCAUCUUGCUGUGUAGUGAACACACCGCUCCCCUCUGCGAUGUGGUGGUGGCUGCUUGGCGUUUCGAGCUGUGUGCUGCUGGUGGUGGUGGUCGUCUUCUUCCUGAUCACCGGGAGACGCUACAAGGUGUUCAGCGAGAAGUGCCUGAGGCCCCCAGGACCCCUGGUGACUGACAGCAGGCAGAGAGACGACAGGCUGAAGAGAGGGUUUCGUGUGGACCGAGUACCCCCCGCUCUGGAUGCGGUGGUGAUUGGCAGCGGUGUGGGAGGUUUAACAGCAGCAGCGGUUCUGUCUAAAGCCGGAAAGAGGGUCCUCGUUCUGGAGCAACAUGAUCAGGCUGGAGGCUGCACACACACCUUUCAGAAUAAGGGAUUUGAGUUUGAUGUGGGUAUCCACUACCUGGGCCAGCUCCAUGAGGGCAGCCUGCUGAGGGUGGCUCUGGAUCAGAUCACAGAGGGACAGUUGCAGUUCACAAAGCUGGAGCAGCACUUUGACACACUGAUCCUGGGUCAGAAUGACCAGCGCAGGGAGUACCAUAUCCAUUCAGGGAAGACUGAGAUGGCAGAAAGCCUGAAGAAGCAGUUCCCAGGAGAGGAGGAGGCCAUUGAUGAGUUCAUGAGAUUGAUGAAGCUUGCUUCACGGCGGACCCCACUUAUCGCCACCUUGAAGAUCAUACCUUAUUGGCUUGCUAACUUCCUGGUUCGAACCGGCCUGUUGGAUCGCAUAUCUUCCGUGUUCAGCCUGGCAACAACCAGCCAUUCAGAAAUGAUGUCCCGUCUCACACAGAACAAGGACCUGCAGGCACUGUCUGCGUACCUCUUCUAUGGUGUCCCUCCUAAAGACUCCAGCUUUCUGAUCAAUGCUCUCCUUCUUCAACACUACAAGCGUGGCGCGUACUACCCACGUGGGGGCGCCAGUGAGUUUGCCUUCCACAUCAUCAAUGUCAUUGAGAAGGCGGGCGGUGCUGUUCUCGUCCGGGCUCCGGUACAACGCGUCCUGCUCAACCGGCAGAACAAGGCCUAUGGUGUGACGGUGCUCAAAGGACAAGAAGAGAUUGAGGUCCAUGCCCCUGUUGUCAUUUCUAAUGCUGGCAUUUUCAACACAUUCGAGAAGUUUCUACCUCAGCCCAUACAGGAGAAACCAGAGAUCCAGUCACUGUUGGGUUUGGUGCGCCACGGCAUGGGUUCCUUCUUGGUCUUUGUUGGUCUGGAUGGAACCAAAGAGGAGCUGGGCAUCGUUUCCACCAACUUCUGGAUGUAUAAAGACAAUGACUUGGACUCACUUAUGGAGAAAUACUCUUCCCUGAGCAGAGAGCAGGUGUUGGGGAACAUUCCCAUGAUGUUCAUCACCUUCCCAUCUGCUAAAGAUCCUACAGCCAAAUUCAGACACCCAGGUAAGUCCUGUAUGACGUUGCUAACCAUGGCUCGCUAUGAGUGGUUCGAGGAAUGGGAGGGGACAAAGCUUGGCAAGCGGGGACAGGACUACCUGGAUAUGAAGAACAGCAUGUCCCAAGAGAUGCUAGAGUGGGCACUAAAAAUCUUCCCUCAGCUGCGAGACAAGGUGGUGAUGGUGGAUGCUGCCACCCCUCUAACUAAUGUACACUAUCUGGGCGCUCCAAGAGGUGAGAUGUACGGUGCUGAACACAACUUGGAGCGCUUCAGCCCAGACACGGUUGCGAGAACACGCCCGCAGACACCGAUCAAUGGACUUUACCUGACAGGUCAGGACGUAUUCUGUAACGGCAUGGCUGGGGCUCUGCAUGGAGGACUGCUCUGUGCCUCGGCCGUCCUCAACCAGAUCCUCUACAUUGACCUUCUAGCCCUGAAGAACCGCAUCAAAAACAAACAGAAGAAUCAGAAGAAGAACUGUGACUGAAGAAAAGGAUGAAGAGAGAGGAGACAGAGGCGAGAGAGGAACUCAAUGAAGACAGAAGACAUGUAGGAAGUAAAGAAAGUGCAACUGACUGAAUUGAAUGAAAACAGGAAGGAUGAAAAGAAAGAAACUGAUUUGGCCCCGAGUCAGAGGGAACGUGGUAUGGUCUAUAGCGUAUAGUUUAAUAUUCAUAAUGUAAAAUCAAAAGGUUGGAACCAGAUAUCAUUUAGUUGACAGAUAUUUUAAUACAGGGACUAACUCUACACAUCCGUGUCCAUCUGCUCCCGGCGCCGGACAAACUGGCAGCCUGCUCGCUCAGACAUCUCUCUGUGUUUGUAUGUACACUGAACAA